GGCUGGAUGCUGUGGGGGGUCAUUUCUGGGUAGCUGGACGUCCUGUUUCAUUGGGAAGGGGUGUGGGGAGACGGAUGCUUAUAUGACACCACCUGCCGAAGAGUAUCAGCCCGUGCAGCCAUUUCUGUCUCCAUUUUGUAUGUAGAUUUUUUCCCCAUCCAAAGGGAUGGUGAGCAGUUCAUGGACCGUGCCAUGCUUUUCAUUGCCACGGUAACAGCACCAAGCCCUGGGUACAGCCGGAAGCUCCAUAUCGUGGACUGGGAGGUGCAGUGUAAGGUGUAGUGAUUAAGGACACGGCUGUGAGGAUGUGGAGUCCAGCCACAAGCAACGCCCCAUCUGCUGUGCACUGCCCCCUGCGGAGAGUCUGCUGAUCUGCAUUACAGGAUGUUCAGCUUUGGGCAAAAGUGUCAGUUAAGCAAAAAAUAAACAUGGCGAUGAUGAUUAUAACAGUAUUAUGUGCUGUCAGUUGCUGCUUGACUUAACCCAGUUGGAAGAGAGAUGGGUUAUACCAGUUGGUGAUUGACAGUAAUUAGAAAGGUAAUUUCUUCCUUGACUAACUAUGAGCCUGCAGCUAGAUAACACUGAUUUCUUCGAGUCGCCUCUAGACAGGCACUGCCCCGUGAUCCCAGCAGUGAUUUGCAUGCUGGGCUGUUGGGGUGGAGAGCAGGAUCAGGGUGGGACCCUAUUUGCCUCCCAGACCAGAACAGUCUUCCCUUGGCGUCUCUCCCUCCCAGCAUCAGCCCUGAGCCCCUGGCCUCACCGCCGGCAUGGGCUCCUGUUUCGCGAGGUCCGGCCAGAUGCGUUUGCCCUCCAUCUUGCUUUUGGGGUUUGUGUACAUGGUGUACGUUCUCAUUGGAGGGGUGGUCUUCUGGAAGCUGGAGGGGAGCCAGGUGGAGGAGAACAUAGCUCAGCUCCUGGAGGAGAGGGCCAAGCUUCUGAGUAGUAUUCCCUGCCUGGACCAGCAGGCCAUUGACACCCUGACUGAGGUGGUGCAGCGGGCCAUUUCCACUGGGCUAAGCCUGAAAAUGAACCAAACCAUGGAUGGCUUCUGGAAGUUCACUAGCUCUGCCGUAUUCGCCGCUACUGUGAUUACGACGAUAGGCUACGGGAACAUUUGCCCCCGCACAAUGGAGGGCCAGAUCUUCUGUGUGUUCUUCGCACUGUUCGGCAUCCCCCUGAAUGUCGUGGUACUCAACAGGGUUGGAAAGUACAUGCUUGCCAUCGAGAGGAACAUCUGCGACUUCAUGGAGACCAAGACUAAAUACAAGCAAGCAAUUAGGGUGAUGAUCCAUUUACUGUCUUUGGCGACUGGCACCGCUGUGUUCUUUGUGGUUCCCAUGAUCGUAUUUGCGCUGAACGAGGGUUGGAGCUACGCUCAGGCAAUCUACUACUGCUUCAUUUCCCUGAGCACCAUCGGCUUUGGGGACUACGUGGCAGACAGUAACCCCAACAGGACGUACUCGAGCUGGUAUGGCUGCCUCGUGGCGGCCUGGAUAUUCUUCGGAAUGGCCUGGCUGGCCCUUCUCAUCAACCACGCCAUCGACAUCCUGGAGAGGAUAAACGCCUGCUUAAAGCAGCAUGGCAGCCGAACCGUAGAGAGCAGAAGCGAUUCCGUGGAGCACUGCGACAGCAUAUCUAAGGAAGUCUCCAGCAUGCACAGUGAGCUCACCGAGGACCAGGCCCCAGAGAGGGGUUCCAGGGUAACAAGCCCAGAUAACGUGGACAAGAGUCCGUCCAGCUGAUCGUCACUGUCCAGUAAUCUCGCCUGUGCUGCAAACCAGGCUUGCAUACCUCCAGGCCUACAUCCCUCUUCGCUUUUCUACAUGCUGUUUUCCUGUUUUUUACAAAUUCAGAGUCCAAGUGCCUUAGAAAUUACAUGAGAGCUUACAAGGAAUCACUCAGUGCUCAGGUUUGCAUUGUCUUCAUUAUCCAGCUAAUAUUAUUUGGAAAUACUGAAAGUGCGUCAGUGAAAAUUCAUCUCAGUUCUGCAACAGUAAACUAAGUCUCGUGCAUACAGUACAUUAAGUGAAAUACUGAAGUUUGUCCACUAGAGGGCGAUGUAACACAAGACUUUGAUGAGAUGACCAAAGCUGUGGGUGGCAGUAGAGAUCGUACUCAAAAAGUAUAAAAACGCACCAACUUUACAUUCAAGUUAUGCUGGGUAGUGAAUUAAUAAACGUUUAUAAAUGUUUUCUUAUAUAAGCAAUAGGGGUGUGUGCUGUCAGUGUCAUUUUCACAGUAAGUUUUGAUAUUAACUGAGGGAACAGCUGCUUCUCUUCAAUAGCAUUCAGCUUCUAUUAGCUUUUGAUGUGCAAAGAUUGUAUUUAUACUGUAGUUUAACAUUGUCAGAUAUUGUUCUGAAUAUGGACUCUUAGUAAAACAAAAAACUGAAUUUAUGCAUUGCCAAUUACAGCGGCCAGUUUUAUACAGAUUCUGUAUGUUACAAACGUUAUUAAACUCACCUUAUGCAUGUCAUUAA